GUGUCUCUUAAUUGUUCAGGUGACACGCAAUGUGAUGACUGCAGUGCUGAGCUUGCCUCCUGGGGACAUUUACAACCUUUCAGUGACUGCUUGUACUGAAAGAGGCAGCAAUACUUCCAUGCCCCAACUUGUGAAAUUGGAACCAGCCCCUCCAAAAUCACUGUUUGCUGUCAACAAGACUCAGACCUCUGUGACUCUGCUGUGGGUGGAAGAAGGAGUAGCUGAUUUCUUUGAAGUCUACUGCCAGCAGGCUGGAUCUGGCCAGGAAACAAAAGCCCAGGAACCUGUCACUGUCUCUUCACACGUUGUCACCAUUUCCAGCCUGACCCCUGCCACUUCCUACAACUGCAGCGUGACCACCUUCAGCCACAACAGCCCCAGCAUCCCCACCUUCAUCUCUGUUUCCACCAUGGUCACUGAGAUGAACCCCAAUGUCGUGGUCAUCUCCGUGUUGGCCAUCCUCAGCAUCCUCCUGAUUGGACUGCUGCUGGUCACUCUUGUUGUACUCAGGAGAAACCUACAAAUGGCCAGGGAGUGCGGGGCUGGGACCUUUGUGAAUUUUGCAUCUUUAGAGAGAGAUGGAAAGCUCCCCUAUAACUGGCGUAGAAGUGUAUUUGCUUUCCUAACUCUGCUACCCUCAUGCCUUUGGACUGAUUAUCUUUUGGCAUUUUAUGUUAAUCCUUGGAGUAAAAAUGGAUUAAAGAAGAGAAAGCUGACCAACCCUGUCCAGCUGGACGAUUUUGAUGGAUACAUCAAGGAUAUGGCCAAAGACUCAGAUUAUAAAUUUUCUCUGCAAUUUGAGGAGCUAAAACUGAUUGGGCUGGAUCCCCACUUUGCUGCUGAUCUCCCCAUGAAUCGCUGUAAGAAUCGCUACACAAAUAUCCUGCCAUAUGAUUUCAGUCGUGUCCGCUUAGUCUCAAUGAGAGAGGAAGGAUCUGACUACAUUAAUGCCAACUACAUCCCUGGUUAUAAUUCACCCCAGGAAUACAUUGCAACCCAAGGACCACUGCCAGAAACUAGGAAUGAUUUUUGGAAGAUGGUUCUCCAGCAAAAAUCACAAAUUAUUGUUAUGCUGACUCAGUGCAAUGAGAAAAGACGGGUGAAAUGUGACCACUACUGGCCUUUCACAGAAGAUCCUGUUGCAUAUGGGGAUAUCACAGUGGAGAUGCUGAGCGAGGAGGAGCACACGGACUGGGUGUACCGCAGCUUCCGGAUCAGCUACGUGAGUGAAACCCUUUGCCAAAGGAGUGAUUUCAGUCCAGCUUUUUCUUUAACUUUUGUCCAUUUCUGUCACUCAGCAGGAAACAGCUAAGAGAGAUAGAUC